AUGCGCCCCGAGUCUCGUCCCCGCACCCUGCUCCUCUUCGCCCUCGGCGUCCUCGCCGCUGCCAUCUUGUUUCGUCUCGACAUCCUUCGUUUUCUCGGUCUCGGACGCAAGUCCUUCUCGACGUCUUCCUCUGCCGCCGCCGCCGCAGCUUCCACCACGACCGCCGCCGCUUCCAAGUUCUCCGAGAUGGCUGCUUCCGCUCAGCAAGACGAGGCCAAGGGCCAGGUCUAUUUCCUCUCCCACGGCGGCCCGCCCACGAUGUUCGACACCAACUCGGCUCCUUACAAGGCUUGGAUCAAGUACGGCAAGGCCGUAGCUGACGCCAAGCCCAAGGGUCUCAUUGUCGUCUCGGCACACUGGGAGAACCCCUCCAACUCGGACAGCGUUGUUGUCAACGAGGACCAGACCAACCCGCUCGUGUACGACUUUUACGGCUUCCCGUCCGAGUACUACCAGCAGACCUUUGUGUCCCGGGGCAACAACCAGAUGCUCUCGGACGUCAAGGACGCACUCAAGGGCUCAGACGUCCGCUUCUCGACCGCCAAGCGCGGCCUCGACCACGGCGUCUGGGUCCCCUUCAAGGUCGCGUUUGCAGGCCGUACCGACAUUCCCAUUAUCCAGGUGUCGCUCCCCGGAGACUCGAACCCCAUCUCGGCUGCCAAGCUCGGUCGCGCCCUUGCCCCGCUCCGUGAGCAAGGCUACGGCAUCAUGGGUACCGGCCAGGCGGUGCACAACCUCCGCGACUUCAUGAUGGGCCGCCAAGCGAGCUACGGCGACGUCUUCCUGAAGGCUGCCAGCGCCGCUGUCGCCGACCCCGACCCGGCCAACGCCACCAUCAACCUCUUCCGCCACCCCCAGUACCGCAACGCCCACCCGAGCCCCGAGCACCUCCUUCCGCUCGUGGUCGCUGCCGCUGCCGUCGAGAAGGACGACAAGCUGCGUACCCUCUUUGUCGACCCCAACGGCGCCCUCGGAUGGGGCAUGUGGAUGUGGAACCAGAAGCCCCAGGUCGAAGCGAGCGCAGAGACCGCCCCGGCAACUGAAGCGACCGCCUAG